AUGCGAUGGAGUGCCCUGUCACUGCGGCACCAGCAAGAGAAUGCGUUUGCAGCACUCGCGCGGCAAUGCAGGGACAUGGACGCUGCCGCUCGGCUCCACUCGCAGAUCUCGCGCUCCGGGCUGCUGGAUUGCAGCACCUUUCUGGGAAAUCUUGUUGUCCAGAUGUAUGGAAACUGCUGCGGCAUGGAAAGCGCGCGGGCCGCGUUUGAUCGGAUCAGCGCGCGGAAUGUUUUCUCCUGGAACAUCCUCCUCGCAGCGUAUGCCCGGAAUGGAAAUUUUGUUCUAACGCUGCGGCUUUUUCUGGAGAUGGUGAUCGAGGGAGAGGUUCUUCCCGAUGGGUUCACGUACGCUACAGCGGUCCGUGCUUGCUCGUCAGCCCAAGGUCGGGGUUUAGCCGUGCUCGGGAUGGAAAUCCAUGCAUGUGUGAUCGAAACUGGACUUGAAUCCGAUGUUUACGUAGGAACGGCUUUGAUUACCAUGUACGGAAAGCUCUUCAUGCUUGAUCACUCAAGAGAAAGCUUUGAUGUGAUUGUGGAAAAGGAUGUCGCAUCUUGGAAUGCGCUGCUAACAGCAUAUGCCCAAACCGGGCAUCUUGGAUGUAAGAAAGCGAUUUCUUGUUUCUUUCAUUUGGAUUUGGAGGGAGUGAAGCCCGAUUUCUUCACAUUUGUGGAGUUAGUCUCUGCGUGCACGCAACUAGAAGAUCUAAGCCAAGGGAGAGUGAUCCAUAGCAGAAUCCUUGCUCUUGGGUUUGAAAACGCUGUGUCGAUACACAAUGCGCUGGUCUACAUGUAUGCCAAGUGUGGCUGCAUCGAAAGCUCGCAAGCGGUGUUUGAUCAGAUCAUUGAAAAAGAUGUUGUGGCCUGGACUGCUAUGAUCACGGCAUUUACCACAACUGGGCAAAUCCACCAAGCGAUGGAGCUGUUCUUGGUCAUGGAUCUCGAGGGAGUCCAACCCAGCGUUCCCACAUUCGCGAUCAUCCUCUCUGCGUGUUCCAGCGUCGCCCAAGUCCGCCAGAUCCACACAUGCAUUGUGGACUGCCGCUUUGACUCGGACGUAGUCGCAUGCACGGCAUUGAUCAAUGCCUACUCGAGCUUCCUGUGCCUGGAAGAAUCACGACGAGUCUUCGAUGAUCUCCCAGUUCACGACACCGUGGCCUGGAACUCGAUCCUCGCCGCGUGUGUCGAGAACGGCAACGAUCGCCGCUUCCGAGAGGCCGCCCACGAGAUGGAUCACGAGGGCGCCAAGCCCAACGCGCAGACGUUUAUAAUCCGGAUCGAGGCGUGCUCCAGGCUCGGAUCGCUCGAUCUAAAAGACGCUCGAAACAUCCAUAGCCUGGUGAUCCACUGCGGCUACCAUCGCCACAAUGAGAUCCUCACGGGAUUGAUCACUAUGUUCUCAAAAUGCGGGAUCUUGGAUGACGCCAGACGGGCAUUCGAGAGCCACGGCGAGAGGAACGUUGUGACUUGGACUGCCAUGAUCGCGGCAUAUGCCCAGAAAGGGUAUCUAGUGCUGGGACUAGAGCUCUUCCAGACGAUGGAGGCGGAGGGAAUUCUUCCGGAUACCGCGGCCCUCGCCAGUGGGAUCUCCUCGUGUAGCUCGCUGGAGGAGCUGCGAGCGAUGCAUCAACGGGUAACGAGCGAGAAUCCGAGCGAUUCCGCGAGGCUGACGCUUGGAACAGCGCUGGUGGCGAUGUAUGGUAGCUUCGGCCGGAUCGAGCUCGCCGCGGCGGCGUUCGCGUCGAUUCCAGCCAAAGACGCGGUGGCAUUCGCCGCCAUGAGCGUUGCGCUGGUGGAGAACGAGUGCUACGAGGAGGCGAUCGAGCUCUUGGAAGAGAUGGAAGCUCAUUCCCUCCAGCCAUCGCCGGCCACCAUCGUCAACGCCGUGAACUCGUGUACCUGUCUCGGCGAGCUCGUCGCGGGCCGGGCGAUCCACCGCAAGCUCGAGGGGCUCCACGACGUGAUCUUCCCGGCGGUGGUGGCGGCGCUGCUCAAUCUAUACGGGCGGUGCGGCAGCCUCGCCGAGGCGAGCGCGCUCUUCAAUGCCUCGCACAAGCGCACGGUAGCAUCGUGGAAUGCGAUGAUCGCAGCGUAUGCACAGCACGGGCAUCUGCCCGAGAGCCUGGAUCUCGUCCACCAGAUGCAGCUCCACGGAUCUCUCCCGGACAAGUUCACCUACAUCGAGAUCCUGCAAGCGUGCUCUCACUCGGGCACUCGCAAUCUCGGCUGGAGCUACUUCGUGAGGAUGGGCAUGGAUCACGGGCUCAUCCCGGCGAUCGAGCACUACGUUUGCGUGGUGGAUCUCCUGGGCCGGAUCGGGCAGCUCGAGCUAGCCGAGAGAGUGGUCAAGGGGCUUCCGUACGAGCCCGACGUGGCGGCGUGGAACUCCUUGCUGGGAUCUUGCAAGAUCCAGGGGGAUAUGCCCCGGGCCCAGGACACGGUGGGCGCCGUACUCAAGCUCCAGGCCGAGAGCGCCGCGCCGUACGUGCUGCUGGCCAAUUUGUACGCGGCGGCGCGGCGGUGGGAGGACGUGGCCAUGGUACGGAAGGCUAUGGCCGAUAGGGGGAUUCGAAAGCCCACCGGGCGAAGCUUCCAGUGCGUUUAG